AUGGGAAACGAUCACAGUAAAAAGAAAGAGCAUUCGGAAGCUGAGAAAAGCCACGUAGAAUCGUCUGAAAAUCCGCAACUCGACGCCUACUUUUCGAGAAUUUCAGAUGGAAAAGAUGCAGUGUCGGCGGAGAAAUUAAUUUCGCUAUUCGAUACGGAUCUCGCUGAAAGCCUUCUCAAAUAUUUUGCCGGCUCCAAAACUGAAAAAUUCAUCUCUCGGGAGCAAUUCCAGGCGAAAUUCACCCCUUUGUAUGGUACUUCGAUGGAUAUUUAUGUGAAAAUCCUUCAACCCGUCCAUCAUUUCGUCAAAGUGUGUUCCGAUGCUGCCGGGGCUUCAGCGAUAAAAGGAGAUGAGGAAUUUAUAUCGAAUUUGGUGAAAAAUAUGACAAAUGGAAAGAUAGGCGAAGAAGCGACACAAGAAAUCAUUCGAUGGAGACGAGACAAUUGUGAGAAAUUCACACUGGCAGCACAGAAUCGAGUGGUUUCAGCAGUCACAGGGACUAAAAUUCCAAACCCAGACUACUCCUCUGAUAUUCUAACGCCUCUCCAAAUGUGGUACGUCCAAUCCUGCCUUCCGAAUUUUUAUUUUCCCGCCAAACCAAUGGAAACUCCUGGAGCCGGACAUUGGACACCGCUAUACACGUCUCUACAGCACGGAAUCAGUACAAAUCGCUUUGAGACCCUUGUAUUCGAUUAUCGUGGGCCUACAGUAACCGUUUUUCGAUUAAAAGAUGAGCGAGUGGUAGUGUUGGCGUCGGAUCAGGAGUGGAGUUUCAAAACGACAGAAUUGAAAAUUGGAAAAGAUUUUGAUGAGGUCCUGGAUAUCGAAGUAUGGGGAUGUGCCGGUCAGGGAACACUUGCCGAGCAGCAAAAAUUGAAAAAUUGGCAGAAACAGCAGACCGAGAAGCACAAAAAAGUGCCACUACCUGGAAAUUGGGAUGAUAAUCCAGAUAAAACACUCCUCGAAAUGGCCGGAUUUCAAUUUUCCAACGAACGAGCCGCAAUGGAAAUGGAGGCCAAGAAACGAGAAGAGGAACAGAGCCAAUCGGAAAAAAGUCAAUCGGAAAAAUAA